AUGGAAAGUCUAGUAGGGUUUGAUGAUGAUCAGCCAGCACCAGCUGCAAAAGAACCUGAGUUUAAUGUCCAAACUGACAUGAGAAAGCCAGAGUUAAGAAAAGGAAUGAAGUUUCCAAACUCUAAAGUAUUUAGGGAGGCAUUGAGGGAAUAUGCGAUAAAGAAGCCAGUAAAUAUCAAGUUCAAGCUGAAUGAGAAGAAGAAGAUAUCAGUUUAUUGUAUCAAUGAAUGUGGAUGGAGGUGUUAUGCAUCUCAACUACCUGAAGAGUUGACAUUCCAAAUAAAAACAUUCAAUCCGGAGUGCACUUGCCCUAGAUCCUUCAAACACAGCCAAGUGACUUCAACUUAUGUUGCAAAGAAGUUUAUGCAGGAGUUUGACAAAAACCCCAAUUGGAAAGUGGCUGGUGUUCAACAUCAUGUGAAGCAAGCACUUGAAGUUGACAUAAGUUACAGUCAAGUGUAUAGGGCAAAAAGGAAAGCUACUAACUUGGUUACUGGGGAUGAACAGCUGCAAUAUGGGAAACUUAGGGAUUAUGCAGAGAUGAUAAGAUUGACUGAUAAAGGAAGUAGGGUUAUUUUGCAAACUGAAAUGGAAGAUGAAAAUGCACAGCCGAAAUUUAAGAGAAUGUAUAUUAGGUAUAAUGCACAAAAAGUAGGGUUUUUGGGAGGUUGUAGACCAAUUAUUGGUUUAGAUGGGUGCCACUUGAAAGGCAGAUUUGGGGGGCAAAUACUUUCUGCCGUAGCUAGAGAUGCAAAUGACAAUAUUUUCCCAGUUGCAUUUGCUGUUGUUGAGCAAGAAAACAAAGAUUCAUGGGGCCUUAUACUUGCAAUUGAGAUGCUGUUCCCAACUUGUGAGCAUAGAUAUUGUGUGAAGCAUAUCUAUAAUAAUUUCAAAGUGGAUCAUAAGGGCUUGGAGUUGAAGGAUGCACUAUGGAGAUGUGUUGGAGCCACAACAGUCAGGGAGUUUGAGAGAAGAAUGCAGGAAAUGAAGGAUUUGGAUGUCAAGGCAUGGGAGUAUCUUGCUAACAUCAACCCUGCACAAUGGUCUAAGUCUCACUUUAGUAGUAGAGUUUUGUGUGAUUGUUUAGCUAAUAACUUGAGUGAGUCUUUUAAUGCCAUGAUUUUAGAAGCUAGGGAUAAGCCAAUUUUAGCAAUGUUGGAGUGGAUUAGAGUUAGGCUCAUGACCAACCAAUACAAAAAGAUGAGAGGUAUAGCAAAAUACACUGGAAAAGUUUGUCCUAAUAUUCAAGACAAAUUAGAGAGGUUAAAACAUGAAUCUAUACCUUUCAGUGCUACUCCAGCAGGCAGCUUCAUGUAUGAGGUUGAUAAUGGUCGUGAGAGACAUGUGGUUGACUUGGCUAAGAAAGCAUGCAGCUGUAGGAUUUGGGAUUUGACAGGACUUCCCUGCAAACAUGGGAUCUCUGCUAUUGUUAAGAACCUGGAGAAAGUGGAGGACUAUGUGCAUCCUUGUUACUUAAAAGAGACAUUUGCUGAAACAUACAAAGAGAUAAUACAGCCAAUGCCUGGCCAGUCUGAGUGGACCACCAAAGCAAAGAAAAAGAGAUCCUGA